AUGGGAUCUCAUCCAUGCAAGCUUUUGAUGGAUACGAUCCUUAAUGAUAAAAACUUCAACAUCCAAGCCUUUAUUAAAAGUGGUCUUGGUGAAUUUAUCAAUCAAUUAAUUAGUUAUUUCAAUACAUUCAAUAAGAAACAAGAAUCAUCUUUCUUCAAACGCGCUAAGUUUGUUAAUUCCAAGAAAGUCUUAGAAUCUUUGAAGAAGAUCUUCGGUUCUCCAACAAUAACUCACUUAGAUGGUGACAAGAAUUUCAUGACUAACCUUAACUUGAUCUUCUGCACACUUCUCCAUCCAGAAUCCCCAGCAGAAUGCCGUGCUGGCGCACUUGAUGUGUUCUUAAUUAUGAUUGUUCUUGUAAAUCAAAAAGAUCUUCAAUAUUUCCAGAAAUCUCUCUCAAUGAUGAUCCCAUAUGCAAUUGUUGCCAGAGGUUCAGACGUUAACGACUUCAAGGAGAAGAUCUACAAGGACAUUAACCCAAUUUAUGUUGAAAAUCCAAAACCAGUCACAAGCGAUCAGGCUAAAGCAUCGCUUUCCACGGUUCUCACAUUUGUAUUCAAGAAUUGGACUACACAAGGUUCAUUUGUCCAAUCAAUUUUAAUGAAUAACAUUUUGAAAGUUAUUUACAGGGCCAGCAUUGAAAAGGCAGGCGUUCCAACACAAGACUAUGGUUUCUCUUACAACCCAGAGAUUUUCCAUGAAGAAAUUGUCCAAUUUAUUCAAAAAUUGCUCAAUUCCGAAAUGGACAUCUCACCACUCUUCGCAAACAGGGAUUCCAUUACCGCCAUCUUCGCCGUUGCUGAAGCCACCACAACACAAGCUGUUAUCAGUGGUCUUUGCACUUCAUGCAUCCUUAUCUCAACAGUUUACUCGAAUACAACAUAUUACAACGCAUGCUACAGCUCUAAGGACUUCAACAAGAACACCGGUAAGCUUAUCUUCAACAUUCUCGCUGCAAAUUGCAAGAAAGAUGGUUCAAUGGAGCAAGCACUCAUUACUGCGUCAUACGAUCCGAUCAAGAAGUAUCUCGAGACUGUAUUACAAGAGUUCCAACUCGCGCAAACCUAUUUCAGGUCAAUUUUCCAAAUAAAUGACGAGAACCAUGGCGUUUUCGCACAUUUCAUCUGCUGCAUACUCCGCUUCUUAGUUGAUUCGAACGAGAAACGUCCUGAAGUUUGGAGUUUCUUCAUAAAAGAAUUUUGUCAGCGAAAGAUCGGUGCCGCCGCCUGUUCAUACUUCCUCCAAUACUUAGUAGUACUCGGAUUACCAUCACUGUUCGAUUUCGAUACAACAAAAUCGCGUUCUUUGGCAUCUCAAUUUAUUCAACGAAAUAAGAGGAACAGACAAGAAUCCUGCUACGACUUUAUUGGUGAGAACCUCGAACAGAUCAUCGAAAUACCACACGAGUUCACCAGAAAGGUUUUGAAGCAAGAAUGGGCUCCAUUUUCUGAUUUCGACGAGAUUAUUAGCAAUAUCUUCAUCCAACCACUCGAAAUCAGUCCAGACAAAGUCCUUCCUAUCAUUAACUUCAUUGUUCCGUUCUUUAAUUUCAUCAAAUUGGAUGAUGAACAGCUUUCCUUAUUAAUGUUCAUUCCUUUGUACCAGAUGUCAGAGACACUUGCAAGAUGUUCAUUAUUCCCACCAGGAAUCAAGAUCCAGUCCCAAGUUCCUUAUCAAAUCUGCGGAAACUUCCUUUUCCAGGCCAUCUUCGACCAGCCGUACUCCGAAAUCAGAACAGCAGCGUUCUCCGCACUCGCCAAAGUCCUAAACCUCAAAGAGAUCCAGAAAUAUCUUGGUCAGAAGAAUUUAUCUUCUUGGUACGCAGCAUUGAUGCUUCAAAUGACGAAUGAGAACAUCGAUAUCAGAUCUAAAGCGUUCUUCGAGGCUCAAUCCACUGUUCAAGACGCUUUUACAGGAUCAUCUUAUUUAAUUCCUCUUAUGAUGGCUUUACUUGAAGAAGGAUUAGUCGACAGAUCACAACAAACGAUGUCCUUCCUUUCUUCAUUCCCUCUCUUCAGAAUUGAACCGAAAGUCAACAAGAAUUUCCUCGAUGGCAUCAUAAAAGUCAUCAAAUCCAACAAGAAACAGUUCGUCGCCAACGCAGAGACACUUCUCAACAAGACAGGAGCAAAUCUGAGAAGCAGAGCCAUUGUUUUACUGAAAAAGAUCGAUGAUGAAAUCAAAAACUGCAGAGAAAGACUUGAAUUACUCGAAUUCGUUGAUCCCGCGUUCAACGCAUUACUUGCUGAUGAAUUAUCACGUGAUAAGAACGAGAUUGACUCGAAAUUAGUCGAAGAUAUCCUUAAAAGGUUCAUCCAUUACAUGGCAAUCAAGAGAACAGAGAGUAUUUGUUCCAUCAGAACUUCAAUGAUGUACAUGCAAAUGAUGAUUGACAAUUAUCCACAAAUUGUCAAUAAUUAUGUCAAAGAAAUUUCAAAUCUCUGCAUCAAAUUGACAGAAAAAGAUGAUGUUGAGUGGUCAUUCCAAGCCAUCAGACUUACAACUGAUCUAUACGUAGAAACAGGCAGAUUGAUCAAAGUCAGUGAUUUCUACAAAGAUUUCGCUCUUUUCUUGAGAAACGGAAUCACAAAAGAAUCCCAAUUUUCUCAAGACAUCAAAGACGUUAUGUCAAAUUCCUUAGAAUUACUGUCAAAGAACUACAUGAGGUAUCCAUUGCCUUUGACACCGAACUUCUUGACUUCUCUCGCAUCAGUUAACAACACGAAGCCAAGUUACAACAUUUUCAGAUGCAUGAAUACGUCAAGAAGAUCUUUGACAACAGAAAACAAAGUACAGAUUUCCACUCAAUUCCCAUCAGGUCAAUUUGUUUGGGAAUUCACGCCCGUAAAUCAGUCAAUUGUCAAAGAAAUGAAAUGCAGUGAAGUGAAGUCAUCGUCACUUUUCACUAAAGAGGAACGUGUUCCAGAGCCGUAUUUAUUCAAAGACCAGAAGAGUUUCUCAGACAAAGUUGACACUAUAAUUGACAGUUUCAAGAUCGAAAAGAUGGAUUUGUUCCCUGACGGUCAUGAUCUCAACGAAACACUGAAUAAAAUCAUCGCGAUGCCUAAUGAUUACAAACAGAUGGAGAAGGCCAAACUUGGCAAACUCACUCCACCAGAGAUAAACAUGAAUACUCCUGCAGCUAUUUUGAAUUCUGUUCAUCUCAUGAGUCCAGACAAUUUCGAUAAAUCAAGACUUUACACAAAUGACACAAGAUCUAAUGAUUUCUUGGAUAAAGCUAAUGUUCAUUCAACAAGAUUGGGAACAAAGUUCGGUGUCAUUUACGUAAAGGAUUCUUCAGAAGACCAGAACGCAAUUCUCGGUUGCACGUUACCUGAUGUUUCUGAACAUUUCAAAGAGUUCGUUACCGGUUUGGGUUGGCCGAUCAAUUUGCAGAAACAUCCAGGAUAUUUGGGCGGUUUGGAUGCGAAGAACGAAAAGAACGGCCGCACAUCUAUUUACUACGCUGACUUUGCGCAUGAAGAGAUGUUCCACGUCGGUCCUCUUCUUCCUAACGAUCCUAGCGACAAACAGCAGAUCUACAAGAAGAGACACAUCGGAAAUGACCACAUCCACAUCUGUUGGUGCGAUGCUGCUAAAGAUUACAACACUGCAACGAUUUCUUCUCAGUUUAACCAGGCACACAUUGUUAUUUAUCCAUUACAAAACGCUUUGUUCGGUGUGAAGAUUAAAUGGCGUGAUGAUGUUCCAUGGUUUGGCCCAUUGAGAUGCGAUUUAGUUGUCAACAAACUGGCUCUUCCUUCUCUUGUUAGAGAGACAGCAGAAGGAGCAAUGCUUGCAAUCUACUUCAAACAGAGCACUUUCUCUCAUCCUUUGAGUGACAUUAAGAAGGUCAUGGACAACUUGAAUGACCAGUGCCAGGAGAAGGAUAAGAAGAACCCACACAUCGUAUUCACUACUCUUCUUCAGCCAAUCAAAGAAACUGACAACUAA